AUGCGUGUCUUCGCUCUUGGGCAGUUGGUCUGCUCAUUCUCACUUGUCACCCUUGUGGCAGGAUUUCCGGGAGCAGACACCCACCAUGGUAACUCAGCUCAUCGCGGGCUACACAAGAGGUGUCCAUAUGCCCAAGAUCAUGAGCAGCCGAAGGUAGAACAUGACAAGCGUUUUCUCCUCGAUUUGAUGGAUUUGCCUGUGGAUGUCACUGGCGAACAUGCCUUCCAUCCACCGAACUUUGAGAAUGGUGACCAGCGUGGCUCUUGCCCAGGUCUCAACGCGCUGGCAAACCAUGGAUAUAUUCCACGAAAUGGUGUUGUAUCUUUUGCCAAAGUCAUUCCAGCAAUCAAUGAGGUUUACGGCAUGGGUGUCGAUCUAGCUACUGUCCUUGCAAUCAUGGGCACCGUCUGGACUGGGGACCCGCUGUCCCUCGAUCCGAGCUUCUCCAUCGGCGGCCGCGAUACAGGCGUCAACAACCUUCUGAAUAAUCUAGGGGGAAUUUUAGGUGAACCCCAAGGCCUGAUUGGGUCUCACAACUUCAUCGAAGCCGACUCCUCCAACACGCGUGACGAUCUCUACGUGACAGGCAACAAUUAUGCACUCAACAUGGACAAAUUCAUGUCCUGGUAUAAUAUGUCCAUGGACGGUAAUUUCGAUAUGGAUCUUAUGGCUGAGCGCGCAAGUCUCCGGUUUGAGGAGACUAUCCAAACCAACCCCAACUUCUACUAUGGACCUGUUACUGGCCUUGUUGCGCGAAAUGCUGGUUAUAUCUUCCCCGGUCGGCUUUUCCGAAACCACUCGCGUGAGAAUCCUGAGGGAGUAUUGACCAAGGACCACAUCCGAAGCUUCUACGGAAUUUACGGGGAGGAACACAACUUGACGUAUCGGGAAGGAUGGGAAAGAAUCCCGGAGAACUGGUACAAGACCCCGGUUGACUAUGGUCUGAUUCAGCUCAACUUGGACACAAUUGACUGGUUUGGCAAAUACCCGCAGCUUGGAAGCGUUGGAGGCAAUACUGGUUCUGUGAACAGUUUUGCUGGCGUUGAUCCCGCCGAUCUGACAGGCGGCGUACUCAACCUGGCAACUCUGCUCGAGGGUAACAAUCUGCUUUGCUUUGUGUUUGAAGUGCUGAAAUUCGCCAGCCCCAGUGCACUUUCUGGGCUAUACAAGACCAUUUCUGAGCCGCUAGAAUUUAUCACCAACGUUCUCUCUGUCCCUUUGUUGAACAUGACUUGUCCUGCGUUCCAGGAUCUUCAGAUUGGAGGCAAGCCAAUUUGGGAAGCCCUUCAAAACGACUUCCCUGGUGCUAUGAAAAGCGAGCGUGCUUUUUAA